AUGCCCUUAUUCCAAAAUGGGCCCGAGCCACGGACACUGCCCGCAGCAGCUGUGGACACCCAUAGUCCCCAGGCGCAGGCUCGGAUGGCACUUAGUAUCGAGCAUCAGCUCUCUGGCCGUACCCUAUCGAGUGACGAGACAGAGAAGGAAAAGAUGAUCAGAGGCAAACUCUACCGACCAUUUGACGUUCACCUCGUGGAGGAAAGAGAUCGUUGCCGAGGUGCACUAUGGAAAUUUAAUAACGCCUGCAAUCCUCUCAACGGCAUCAGUUCGAAAGAGCAAAACCGCCUUCUGAAGGAGAUCAUCGUACCUCCGGCAUCUUCCGUUGUCAACUCCCCAGCUGGAACUGGCGUGCCUCGCUCUGCCGGAUCCAUCGGCCAAGGGGCGGUUGUUGAGGCUCCUUUUAGUUGUCAUUAUGGUUACAACCUCCACAUUGGGGAAGACGUCAUGAUUUCGGAGAAUUGCCUGUUUGUGGAUGACUGUGUUAUCCGCAUCGGUGCUCACACAUGGAUAGGCCCCAACGUCAAAAUCAUUAGUUCAACUGCUCAUCCCAACAUGCAAGAGCGCAAAGGCUCGCAAAGUCGAUAUCAAGGUCGGCAAGUCAUUAUCGAAGAAGACUGUUAUGUGGGCGCGGGUUGCAUCAUCUACCCAGGGGUUCGUCUUGCUCGUGGCGUUUAUGUAGCCCCAGGGGAGAUUGUCAACACCAACAUUGCAGGUUACAUGUUUCAGGGGUCAAAACCCAGCUUUGCUAUGUGA